AUGAAUGCCCCUCCAGCGUUCGGGUACCCGCCCGGCGUAUCGCUGGCGCAGACAGACACUGUCUCUCCAACCCCAGCGAACUUCGGCUCCAACAACCCAUUUCGAAACCGCGCUCUGUCUCCUUCGACUGCCCCAGCUGGAAACAGCCACCCAGACCGACCCCGUUCGACCAACCCAUUCUUGGACGACUCCGAGGUCCUGUCACCGCAAUCCGCCCCCGGUAUGUCGACCGGCACCACCAUGAUUUCUCCAGUGGGGAACUCAGAUAUAACCAACAAUACCCGCGAUCUCUUUGAGAACCUCUCUAUUCAGGUCGCUCCCGCGCCCCCUGCGCCCCAGGUAGCUCCUUUUCCUCAGCCUAAUGGCGCUCGUCCAACAACCAGCGGUGGCCCACGCCAACCACCUAGUCGCUCUCGCCCCCCGAGAGACCGUCCUUCGGGCCGGCCUGUUGAGCCCCGAGCAAAAGACCCUAAGGAUCCGUUCGAUAUAUUUGCAGAUCCUCCCGCUCUAACCAAAUCCUCAACUUCACGCCCAGCAGAGGGUCGUCCUCGCCGCCAACGUCGAAACUCUGAAUCUUCGGUGAUGGAUCGAGCAUCUAAGAUUUUUGACGAUGACGAAGAGAGGAAGCGACGAGAGCGUCGUCGUGAGCGCGAGGCGCGCCAUCGCGAUGGAAAGCCUCGCUCUUCUCGUAAAGACCGUCGGUUGGACAUAAUUGAUAAGCUUGAUGUUACAAGCAUUUAUGGCACAGGCAUGUUCCACCACGACGGGCCGUUCGACGCAUGUAACCCCCACCGCAAUCGCAAGGGCCAGCGCACUGCGCCCAUGCAGGCCUUCCCCAAGGGAUCUUUGAAUAUGGCUUUGGGUGGUGCUGGUCCUAAUAACUCGAAUAUCGACAUCAACCAAUUCCAUGGGCGAAUGGAAGAAGGCUACAACGAUUUCAGUACCGCGGCAACCAGGAACACAGAAGGUAUGCCUUUCGAUGCAACUGUGAAGCUAGAGCCUAUCCACGGCUCAGAGAGUAUGGGUCUUGGUACGAGCACGUUCUUGGAUGGUGCCCCGGCAAGUCGCUCCGCCAUGGCUCGGCGCCAGAGCGAGAACGACGAGUCGGCACCUAACGGCGGUGGUCUCGGUCGCACGAAGAGUCUCGCACAGCGUCUACGCGGCAAAAGUGGCACUGGCCGUGUUGCGUCUCCUACAGAGCAUCGAUUCGGCCCCACGCCCGCGCCAAGAGGAUCUAGCCACUCAGCCUCUUCCAACAAGGCCACCGAGACCAACCCAUUCUUCCAAGAUUACAACGAGGAGUUUGAUCGGAAAGGUUCUCGCAUUCAGGAGUCCCAAGUCGGUACAACCGGUCGUGCUCGUGCCAUGAGCAGCCCCAAGCAGUCAACCAUCCUGGAGCGUCACCGCACCAAUGAUGACAUGCAAUCACCUCCAGCAGGCGGCGGUUUCCUGAACCGCAUGAAGAGCUUGCGCAAGCCACGCCCCGAGCGCCGACCUAGCGACUAA